AUGUGUUCGCGAAAAAUUAUAUGCAGCUCAUCCAAAAAUACUGUCAUGUUCGUUGAAACAAAGGAUUAUCUAUCUAUCUAUCUAAAUAUCAUUAAUAAUAUCUAUUUAUCUAUCCAAUUAUCUACAAAUAUGUUUAUAUCUAUUUAUCUAUCUACAAAUCCGUUACGCUGUAUCUAUCUAUGUAUCUACAAAUCUGUUCAUAUCUAUCUAUGUAUCUACAAAUCUGUUCAUAUCUAUCUAUGUAUCUACAAAUCUGUUCAUAUCUAUCUAUGUAUCUACAAAUCUGUUCAUAUCUAUCUAUGUAUCUACAAAUCUGUUCAUAUCUAUCUAUGUAUCUACAAAUCUGUUCAUAUCUAUCUAUGUAUCUACAAAUCUGUUCAUAUCUAUCUAUGUAUCUACAAAUCUGUUCAUAUCUAUCUACAAAUCUGUUCAUAUCUAUCUACAAAUCUGUUCAUAUGUAUCUACAAAUCUGUUCAUAUGUAUCUACAAAUCUGUUCAUAUGUAUCUACAAAUCUGUUCAUAUGUAUCUACAAAUCUGUUCAUAUGUAUCUACAAACCUGUUCAUAUGUAUCUAUCUGUUCAUAUGUAUCUACAAAUCUGUUCAUAUGUAUCUAUCUGUUCAUAUGUAUCUACAAAUCUGUUCAUAUGUAUCUACAAAUCUGUUCAUAUGUAUCUACAAAUCUGUUCAUAUGUAUCUACAAAUCUGUUCAUAUGUAUCUACAAAUCUGUUCAUAUGUAUCUACAAAUCUGUUCAUAUCUAUCUACAAAUCUGUUCAUAUCUAUCUACAAAUCUGUUCAUAUCUAUCUACAAAUCUGUUCAUAUCUAUCUACAAAUCUGUUCAUAUCUAUCUACAAAUCUGUUCAUAUCUAUCUACAAAUCUGUUCAUAUCUAUCUACAAAUCUGUUCAUAUCUAUCUACAAAUCUGUUCAUAUGUAUCUACAAACCUGUUCAUAUGUAUCUACAAAUCUGUUCAUAUCUAUCUACAAAUCUGUUCAUAUCUAUCUACAAAUCUGUUCAUAUCUAUCUAUCUAUCUACCUACCUACAAACCUGUUCAUAUCUAUCUAUCUAUCUACCUACCUACCUACAAACCUGUUCAUAUCUAUCAUCUAUCUAUCUACCUACCUACAAACCUGUUCAUAUCUAUCUAUCUAUCUAUCUACCUACCUACAAACCUGUUCAUAUCUAUCUAUCUAUCUAUCUACCUACCUACAAACCUGUUCAUAUCUAUCUAUCUAUCUAUCUACCUACCUACAAACCUGUUCAUAUCUAUCUAUCUAUCUAUCUACCUACAAAACCUGUUCAUAUCUAUCUAUCUAUCUAUCUACCUACCUACAAACCUGUUCAUAUCUAUCUAUCUAUCUAUCUACCUACCUACAAACCUGUUCAUAUCUAUCUUUCGAUCUACAAUCUUUGUUUGUUUCUUUCUUAUUUCUUUCCUUCGUCUUUCUUACUAUCUUCCAUUCGUUUUUAUUCUUUUUUUCCAUUCUUUUUUAUUUAUUUAUUUCUCUCUUUCUUUCUCUUUCUUUCUUUUUUCUUACUUUCUUCUUUCUUUCUUUCCUUUUACGUGUUCUUUGUUUACUUCUUUCUUUCUUUCUUUCUUUUUUCUUUCUUUCUUCAUUGA